CCACUCCCAUCGAUUAUAUUCACCACCACCGAGUAACGUCGUUACAUCUUUCGACCAACCAACUGUCAUCAUGGUAACGCUGCGUUUGGUUGUCAAAACAAAGCGAAUCCGAGGUGGCAGUGACGAAAAUUUACACAGUUUUCCUGUAAAAGAAAAGUGUUUUAACCACGUUUCAGGCCUUUUUCUGAAUUAAAAUCAGCUUGAAAGGAUAAUCAAGCGCUAGGUGCUGCAUUUUGCGUGGAGUUUCAUAAGAAUAAUCUCCAAUUAAAAACAGAAAAUGUCGCAAGAGGUAGAAGAAACGCUAAAGCGAAUCCAAUCCCACAAAGGUGUUGUAGGAACGAUUGUAGUCAACAAUGAAGGCAUUCCAGUGAAAAGUACGCUCGACAACACGUCCACCGUGCAGUACGCCGGCUUGAUGAGCCAACUGUCCGACAAAGCCCGAUCGGUGGUGCGUGAUUUGGAUCCCUCGAACGAUCUGUCCUUUCUGCGAGUGCGGUCCAAGAAGCAUGAAAUUAUGGUAGCUCCCGAUAAGGACUUUCUGCUGAUCGUCAUUCAAAACCCGACGGACUGAAUCCGGCGUUGAUCGCACAAAUGCAAAGCAGUGAUAUUGGAGGUUUCUUUCUUUGCGUUUCUAUCACAUUUCUAUCGCUUUUUUUACCGGCAACAACCUUUAAACUGGCUCCGACCGUGUAUGCUUGCUUGCAGCGGGAGAUAAAUUAAUUUAAAUGUAGUAAGAAAAUCGUAAUACACAUACUCAUCCAUAGAAGUGUGAUGUUUCCUUAGGAGCCAUGCCACACCUUUUUCAAAAUCUUAUUUAAAGUGCAUCUAUUGAGUCGAUUCGUGUAGCAAUAACACACAGACAAAACGACAGUUUUUGAAGAUGUUUUUUUUUUUGUUUUCGUCUUAACUUGCUUUAUUUAUAGGUCAUCUAUAUAAAAAAAAAAAACGAAACAUAAAACAAUUGUUUCCUUAAAAGUCGCUUCACAAACAUUCGAACAAUUGUGUUCCAUUGGUUUAAAAGUAACGAAUACUAUCAAUUUUUCAACGUGUUCCUACAGAAUAGUUCCGCUUUUCUAUAUUAGCCAUCUUCCGGUGCAGGUAUAGCGUCCGUACUGCACUUCCUACGCAACAUUGAUAUAGAAAAGAUUCGUAGAUGAAUUUCUUCUUAAAAUCACAUUCUGUGUAAGUUGCUUGUGAAUGAAGGGGUCGUUGACCAGCGUACUUCGUGAUAGAAAA